UAAAUCUGUCAAACGAAAAGGGAGCACACAUAAUAUUUCAAUCAUGUUCUAGUUUCCAUCGAGUUCAGCCUAGAUUUUCCCUUUCGUGUCAAUAAUUUACUAAAAAUAUUGGAAUCUGUCAUAUUUUCUUUUACUCACUCACUGUUAUGAAUAUUCUAUAAAAUUAUCUGUAACCUCUAGAGGUCACGCUUGGAAAAGAAGUGCAUAAACUUGUGUUUUGAUUAAUACGUCGCGUCGCGUCUGGAAAGAUUGGAGCACUUAGGGAUAAUGAAAAAAGUGAAAUAUUUUGGUCAAGCUUUAAUAAUUAGAAAAUGGAAAAUAACGGUGAAGUAACUUGCAGUCGAGCAUCUGAGGAAAUCGACAUGAAUGAUAUGAAGAUAGAAUCACUGGAAAUUGAUAAGAAUCUCGAUUCUGGCAACCUGCAAGAUAAUCUGAUCGCCACGACGAGGAAGUACGUCGUUAUGCCGAAACGUAGAGGUAGACCUAGAAAAAGAAAAUUGGAGGCCAAAUCGCAGCCUCCAAUGAAGAAAACGAUUGACAACGCUACGAUUGAUUCCGAGUCCGGAUUAAAGAGAGACCGUUUUCGCCCGAUACGACCAAAACCAACUUCAUCCGCUGCUCCAGUGUCGAAAAAUAAAUUGCUCGAAAUGUCAUCUACAUUGAACGUACCCACUUUAAUGUCGAAUCGUUUGAUUUUCACAACACCCUUAUUGGACAGGAAUAAAACCCAACAUACCUCAACUUCAGAUAAUUUCGAAAAGAGGAGGGAUCGCAUUUCUGAAAAUGCGACUGAUAGAAAUUCAAACGCUAUAACGAUAAAUAACAGUUUGCGCAAUGCCAAGUCGACGGUGAAAUCUCAAAAGAGCAGUAUCGAACUAUUUUUCGAGAGUAUGGCGCAAACCGUGUUGAAUUUGCCUAUGGAGGUGCAAGCAGACAUCAAAAUGCAGAUCUGCAAGAUUGUCACCAAUGCAGAAGUCAAAUACUGUGGAUCGCAGACGAAAUUCAAGGAGGAAAGGAUUGAAGAAAACGAUUUCGAGAACUAAUUUCGUCGACUGUCUUUCCCGCUCAAGUGUUUUUAACGAGGAAAUACACAUUAUAUUGUAGAAUAUAAUGAUUAACAUAGAAACAUAGAACGUAAUCGAGUGUAAUCCAAAAAUUAAGAAACAAAUACACACACACAAACACGAGGCGCCACACGUACACAAUAAUCAAGGACUAACUUCUUUUAAAUCGUGAUAAUUUAUUUUUAAUAAAGAAAUCAAUUAAAAGACAUUCGAUAAGUAUAGCCACACUAAAUUAAAUACAUUUUUGUACGUGUAAUAUUUCGCUGUGUUUUUACAUUUCACGAACUUGACUGCAACUUGCAUUGUGAAAAAAGGAGCGGUAUCUAUGUGUAUCAGCAAAGAAAAGCGAAUCUAAGUUUAUUAUAACAAUAUACCGUUACGAAAUAUCAAGUCGUACACUUUUCUAUGAAAAUUCCAAUUAGUCUGAUACAUAAGAUAAUUUGUAAAAAGUAAUAUGUAUAGACGAGAGCGAGUAAUUUACGAAAACAAUACAUAGUUACAUUAAAAAGUGCUGUAAUAUAUUUAAACGUGCAGUGUAAAUAAAUGUUGAUGAAUUG